AUGGCAGCAAGCCAAGAAUCUGAAAUCAAUGUAAAAACCCUAAUCACGCCUCCGAAGAACACAAUCUCCACAUUAAGAGCAGCCCCCGACGACUUCGGGCGAGCCACGGCGAAGCUCGCGGUGGUUCAGCUAUGUGAACCCGUAGGGUUUCACGCCGUCAAAGACUCGGCUCUUGAAUCUUUCUCCGACAUCGUAAUCCGCUACCUCCUCGACUUCGGCAAAACGGCGAAAUUCCACGCCAACCUCGCCGGCAGAUCACAGUGCAGCGUAUUCGAUCUGAUUCGAGCAUGGGAGGAUUUAGAAGCACCUCGAGGGUUUUCAAAUGGUAUGAAGGAAAUUAUGAGUUACGCUGAAUCCAUGCCGGAGACUUCGUUUGCUCAACCGAUCCCGCAUUUUCCAGUGAAUCGUGAACGUAGAAAGAUUCCGAGUUUUAUACAAAUGGGUGAAACUCCACCGUCCAAGCAUAUACCGCCGUGGUUACCGGCAUUACCUGAUCCUCAUACUUUCAUUUAUACACCUGUUUGGGAUGAAAGAGUCUCUGAUCCCCGUGAUGAUAAGGUUGAACAGGCUAGACAGCGUAGAAAGGCGGAGAGGUCAUUGUUGAAUUUGCAGAAGCGUUUGUUGCUAUGUAACAGUAACCGUAACCGUAAUGGAUUCACAGAAACAGCAGCAGCAACAAGCGUUCCUGUUCCCGAUGAAGAUGUAGAUGUUGCUCCCGUUCCGGUUGUUUUGCCGUCGAAGUUACCACUUGUUGAUGGAGACCGUGUUUCGGUGUUGGAUGCUUUUGCUCCUGCAAUUGAGAUGCUAGGUGGUGGUGGUGUUUUGUGUGAUGAUGGGAUUGAUGGAGAUAAGAGUGUCAUUCCUGCUGCUACUGCAAGGCCUACUGUACAUUUCAAGUUUAGAACUGGGAAGAAGUUCAUUGGGGAGUCUUUUGGUGAUAGAAAUAAGAAGAAGGAGGCCUUGCACGCGAUAUCUUUGGUUGGGAGAGAAGAUGAAAGAGAUGAUAAGAAAAGAAGGGCUGAGUAUAUUCUUAGACAAUCUAUGGAAAACCCACAAGAGCUGACUCUAUUAUAG